UCUCGACCGUCUUCUCAGUUUCUUCACACCAAACUAGAGAGAAGAGGAAAGAAAUGGCACUUGCAGGAGCUGCUCUCUCAGGAACCAUGGUGAGCUCCUCCUUUGUGAGGAUGCAGCCGGUGAACAGACUCAGGGCAUUCCCAAAUGUGGGUCAGGCCCUGUUUGGUGUCAACUCUGGCCGUGGGAGAGUGGCUGCCAUGGCCACCUACAAGGUCACCCUACUCACCCCUGAAGGCAAAGUCGAAUUGGACGUCCCCGACGAUGUUUACAUCUUGGACCAAGCAGAGGAGCAAGGCAUCGACUUGCCCUACUCCUGCCGCGCCGGCUCUUGCUCGUCCUGCGCAGGCAAGGUCGUGGCGGGGAGCGUCGACCAGAGCGACGGCAGCUUCCUGGAUGAUGAUCAGAUGGAUGCAGGUUGGGUCCUCACUUGUGUUGCCUACCCUAAAUCUGAUGUCACCAUUGAGACCCACAAGGAAGAGGAGCUCACUGCUUGAAGCUCCCAUUUGCUCUUUGCAUAAAUUAAGUCUCACUCUACGCAACUUGUCCUCUCCCUCUCUACCUGUUUGUUAGUUCCCUUAGUCUCUUCUUCCUUGUUUUUAACCGUACCAGGGAUAAUUUAAUGUUAUCUUGAGUCUGAUGUAAUUGGCUUUACUUUUUCCUA